ACUGACAAUAUAGUGAAAUCUGUUGAAUUGCACAACAUUCUUUCAGAUAGCAACUGUCGUCUGUUGCUCAAACACUGUGACCAUAUUUCUUUGUGUGUUCAUAAACUCAAAAUUAUUUUCAAAUUGUUCGGAUAAGCCAAUAAAUGAAGGUUUCUUUUUAUAUUAGUGAUAAAAUAUUUGUUUAUUGAAUUUCGUUGCACGAACUUUGUACACGUCAUACUUUCAUUGAUGGACGACAUGUUAUCCGAACUACGUAACAGAACGGCCCAACCGUGUGAAAACGCAACGAGCAAUAUUCCUCCACAAUUUCUCAAUGUAUUCGGAUUCAUUGACUACAAGCCAGAUGGAUCAGUACCCUGGACAGCGAUCGAUAAUAUUUUAUUGACUGACGAAUUUCAAUCGAUUACCGAUUAUCUUGGAAUCGACUGCGAGAUGGUUGGCGUUGGUAAUUUUAAGAUAAGUGCGUUGGGGCGCGUUUCAAUCGUCAAUGAAUUUGGAUACUGUGUGUACGACACGUUCGUCAAUCCUUUGGAGGAAAUUACGGAUUAUAACACACAAUUCAGUGGAAUACGAGUAGGCGAUUUGGAAGGAGCUCCACCGAUUGAUUUGGUUGUGGAAAAAGUAGCUAGCAUUGUUAACGGGCGCAUACUCGUUGGUCAUUCCAUUCACAAUGAUUUGGACGUGCUGAAAUUGAACCAUCCCUCAGUGGCUAUUCGAGACACGGCAAACUACUUUCAACAUCGUAACGGCAGUAAACGGACGCCGUCAUUAAAGAAUUUAAUCAAAAACUUUUUCAAUGCCACAAUACAGGACGGCGAACACUGUUCGAUUCAAGAUGCACAGGCUACGCUGGGAUUAUAUUUACUCGUCAGUGAAGAAUGGGAAAAGGAUGCGUUAGAGAGACGAAAAAAGGCGAAUUUGGCGGACACAGUAACUGACAUAACUUGUAUGCACAUUGAACCUCGAGCAGCCGAUCUAUUCACCGAAUCUGAAACGAUUUUCAUUAGACCCAACAAAUUGGAUGGCGCCUACUAUUCAUCGGAAGAGUACAAGGACAUCCACUUCAGACUGUUGAUGGAAGAUGUCCUCAGACCUUUACGACAAGACCUUCGUGCAUUCAAGCAGCGGAGACGGCAAGACAAUCAUUUCAAGAGCAUUCGCGUUGCAGCUAGUAAUUCACUCGACGAGCCCGACUUUGAAGUUAAAUCGUCCAAGACGUUGCUGGUUCCCAUUCGGGGAAAUCGAUUAGAAGAAGUCGAUUGGGACGAUCGGAAAAUUUUCUUGGCUGGAUCGCUUUUGAUACUUAGCCCAGACAACUUUCAUACGAUCAAAUGUGCUAAGGUCAUUGACAUUGGCAUUCCUCGCGAGGAUUCCGUCAUUCUCCAUCUGGGGGUUAACUUUUUACUGGAUGGUCCGUCGUGGAAGAUCACCGACAAAGAUCGAUUCGAAAUGAUUGAAAGUCAGGCAUUCUUUCUGCCCUACGAAUACACAUUGAAUUUUCUGCAGGACGUGGAUUUGGACAAAUUUCCGAUGAAGAAGUACAUCGUGGAUGCGGUAACCAAAUCUGACGUAUCAUCACAUCUAAUGAAACAGCCCGACAAUCAAAUCGACUUCACAGUUUUAACGAAAAGCAUUGGCAGCCAAGGAAUCGUGCGAGCUCCAUCUUUGGAAUAUCAUCGUUGGCCGAGUGCGGCUGAAUUGGAUUUGGAUCAAUCUCAAUACGAGGGACUGCAAAAAGCGUUAACUCAAGAAUUGACGAUAAUUCAAGGACCUCCAGGUACUGGCAAGUCGCACGUAUCACUGCAAAUAGUGAAGAUGCUGCUCACGAACAAAUGGUUAAGCCCGUCACCGAUUCUUAUCGUUUCGUACACAAAUCACGCGUUGGACGAGCUGCUAGAACCGAUUUUAACAUUUUUGACGAAUGAAAUGCACGGCGGAGAUUUGAAAAAGGCCGAACAAUCUCUUCUCCGAAUCGGUGGUGGCUGUGAAUCGGAGGUCGUUCUUCCGUGCACAAUGAAAUUCAAGAAAGAAAUGUGCAAAGAAAAGAGAAAAAACAAAAAGUUAAUCAAAUCGCUGGAAAAGGCUUUGCUGAAGGUGCAUGGUCUGGAUUUCGCCAGCAAGCUCGUGCAUCAAGGAAUCAUCAAUUUCAAAUUGCUUCCGCAAAUAAUGCUCGCUCAACUUGAAACCAAUGAGACGACCAAACACAUUUUCAAAAUGUGGAACAAGUCGCACGAACAUAUGUGCCGAAACGUGUUGGAAUGGUUCGGUUUGAGCGAACAAUCAGUGGAAUUGAGACAGGCUUCUCUGAUCUCAAUCCGGAACGGAAUGUUUGUGCUAUUAUGCAACAAUCUUGAAACAAUUUUGAACGAAACGUUUCCUCGAAUUCCAACCACUUUGGAGAAAUUGAAAGGAAAAUCUCUACACAGUGCGAAUCCGGAUCAUCAGCAGUUCGUAACUCGUUGGGGCUUUUAUUUUUUUCUUGUCGACCAUCUCACUGAUAUUGUUCAGGCCACCACAGAUGAACUGACCAAGGCGAAUAUUCGCGACAAAGAGCUUGUUAAUUACGUCAAAGAAAAUCAAACGAUAAAAAACGCCAGAGUGAUCGGUAUGACGACGACCGGUGCAGUAAAAUACAAAAAAAUGGUCGAAACGAAAUUCAAAUCGAACAUCAUGAUCGUGGAAGAGGCUGCCCAUGUAUUGGAAGCCUAUGUCGUCGCAUCACUAACGCAUCACUGCACACAACUAAUUCUGAUCGGCGAUCACAAACAAUUGCGACCGAUGAUAGCCGAUCACAAUUUGAAGGAAUCUUUCUUGGACGUAUCGCUCAUGGAACGUCUCGUUAAAAAUGGAAUCGCCCAGAAUACUCAAAACUGGACGCAGCUCAAAGUGCAGCAUCGAAUGCGAACGGAAAUUGCCGAAUUGAUUUGUCCGGCCAUUUACGAUGAACUGGAGAAUCAUUCAGAUGUAGACCAGUAUCCGAAUGUCAUGGGCUGUGCGAAGAAUUUGUUUUUUGUUCAACAUGAACAUCAGGAGAGCCAGGAGGCUCGCUCGAAAAGUCGUUUCAACGCUUACGAAGCUAAGUAUAUUAUCGGACUACUAUCGUAUUUCACGGCGUGCGGGUACCUUCCCACACAAAUAUCUGUCAUAUGCACCUACUUGGCUCAAAAAACUCUGAUCGAAAAUACAAUCAAUGAUGAUCCAGCCAUCAACCAAAUUCAGAUCAGCACUGUGGACGGGUAUCAGGGCAAGCAGAACGAUUUAAUCAUUUUGUCUCUCGUACGAAACAACAGCAAUGACAACGUCGGAUUUUUGGACACCGACAACCGAGUCUGUGUUGCCUUGUCCCGUGCUCGACAUGGCCUAAUUAUGAUUGGAAAUAUGAGAAUUUUGGCUACUUGCUCGGAUACGUGGUCAAAAAUCAAUAAAAUUUUAGUUGAUCGCAACAACAUCGGCGAGUAUUUACCGUUGACUCGACCAGAACUGUUCAAGCUACACGACCAACUCAUACAUUCCACUGUUAAAUCUUCAUCAUCGGCUGUUAGCAAACUACCAGCAAGAACCCGUCGAUCCCGAUUUACACAUCAACGAAACAAUGAAAUUCAAUCCAAUCGAGUUCCUGGCGCGGGAUCUACUUCAUCUCAAAUGUCGGCAAUCACCAAAGGUGCUACACUUGCCUGCGGUCACGAUGUGAGUAAAUCGAGCUCAACUGAUACGUUCAGAGUGAUAUGCACAACUAAAGUCCGUGAACAAUUGCCCUGCGGCCAUAUAAGACAUCUUCCAUGCAACGAACAAUUAAAGGGGUCGAAGUGUCAUGCUGUGACGCAAAAGAAAAUGAAAUGUGGUCACAUUACAACAACGGCAUGUCAUAAGCUCUCGACUGCUACCUGCAUGGUCGAAGUAAAGAAAACCUUCUCAUGUGGACAUCGGGACUCAGUACCGUGUCAACAAAUGGUGUGCUCCAAGAAAAUUGCUCAAAAACUUCCAUGUGGUCACGAGUGGCAGGUCGUGUGUUCGGAAAAGACUGACCAAUUUAAGUGCACUACGAUCGUGAAGCGUAAGCUUCCAUGUGGAAGUGAAGCUAGUGUACCAUGUCACACGCUACCAGCCAAAAAAGCUUCGAGUGAAUUAAAGUUGUCCUGCGGUCAUAUCGUUCAACUGAACGCUGCAAAUUCAUCCAAAUGCAACAUAAAAGUCCGCGAACAAUUGCCGUGUGGCCAUGUGAGACAAAUUCCAUGCAACGAGAGAGGAAAGGGACCGAAAUGUGGUGCACUGAUGAAGAAGACUUUAAAAUGUGGUCACACUAUGGAUACAGCCUGUCACAAGUUUUCGUCCGCUACUUUCUGUACCUUCAUCAGAAGCCGCACAUUCCCCUGUGGACACAAAGUUAGCGGACCAUGCCAUACGCUGUCCGCUAAAGAAGCUAGAUGUAAAGGCAAAACUCAGAAAAAAUUGUCCUGCGGUCAUUUGGCUCAGGUUUCAUGUGAACUAGCUAAGACGAAAGUUAAAUGUGAUGUCAAAGUCGACGAGACAUUGAAGUGCGGUCAUGUCCGGCGAGUUUUGUGUGGUGAAGUAGGAAAGAAAGCUACAAAAUGUGGAACUUUGAAGCAGAAGAAAAUGAAAUGUGGACAUACAAUAUCCGUAGCGUGCCACUUGUUCCCAAAUGCCCCUUGUAGUGUGGAAGUGAAAAAGGAAUUUCCAUGUGGUCACGAACGAAGCGUAUUGUGUAAAGAUCGGAAUUGUGAUAUACGGUGUAAUGCCGGCAUUAAAUACAAAUAUCCCUGUGGACAUACACACGUGUUCCCUUGCGGAGUGGAAGUGGCGAAAAAAUGCAACUCGAACAUCAACAGAAAAUUGCCGUGCGGUCAUAAGCAGGAUACUUCAUGCCACCAGAAUCCUUUAACGAUAAAGUGCAGGAAGUUGGUAACUUUCGAAAAAGAGGAUUACGAGUGUCACACCUUCUCGAGCGUUAUUGGAGAAUUAAGAGAUACUCUUGCCAAACUCCAAUUGAAAGAAUGAUGAACCUUUGCACAACCCAGAAGUAAAUACGAAAAAUAAAGUGAAAACGUGGCCUUAAUUACUUGCUAAUUUGUACAAUUUCCUGUAAAAAUAAAUAACCGUGAUUUUCCUA